AUGCGCCCAGAUGACAGAGGUACACAUAUAGCGUCAAAUGGAUUUGCAGGCAUCUCCAACGGCUCAACAACGAAGAAAGUGACAUUGUCCAACUCCAUCAAUGGCCAUUCGCCAUCACAACCAGCGUCAAAUGGGAUGGGUCCCUCGCAAUCGAAUGGCUCUGUCAAAUCACCCUCGCCCGUCCGUUCACCUACCUACCAUGGGCACAAUCGAGAAGAAGUAACAAGGAUACUAAUACAAGGGCUCUAUGAUAUGGGCUACAGCGACGCUGCUACGAGUCUGAGCAGAGAAAGCCACUAUGAAUUGGAAAGUCCCUCCGUUGCUGCUUUCCGGCAAGCCAUUAUGGAUGGACAAUGGACAGACGCCGAAGCUAUCUUACUUGGUUCAUAUCAUGGUGUUGACGGAAAGGCAUCUGCUAUGUCGAAUUUCGUCGUUGAUGGGCCUGCCGGGCUGGUUCUUGCAGAGGAGUUCUCGCACGAUGGUACCAAGCUGGCAACUGCUAGUAAGGACCGGACAGUGAUAAUCUACGAGACUGAGACCUUUACCAUACUACACCGAUUCACAGAUCACGAAGAAAGAGUUACAUAUGUCACCUGGAGCCCGGAUGAUUCAAAGUUGAUAAGCUGCUCUAUGGAUAACAAAGCUCGGGUGUGGGAGGUUUCUAGUGGCACCUGUCUCGUAACGGUAGAUCAUGAAACACCAGUGUCAAGUGCCUCAUGGGCACCCGACGGUCUCUCUUUUGUUACAUCAGCUCUGGAGAAAAACUCGUCGAUAUGCCAAUGGAGUUUAAGAUCUUCAGACUUCAGGACCAGCUUAAACUCAUGCGGCGGUUUUCGCGCUCAAGACUGUGCCAUAAGUCCUGAUGGUCAAAGACUAGUGGUCAUCGACUCCGAGAAGCACCUUCAUGUGUUCAAUUUCCACACAUUCGAGAAGGAGUACAGUCAAGCAUUCCCUGCUAAAUUGACCUGUGUCAGUGUGACUAAGGACAGCAAAAACAUGCUGGUCAACCUGUCGAAUGGAGAAAUCCAGUUGCUCGAGGUAGAAACUGGCGUUCUCAUCAGAACAUUCGAAGGUCAGGCGCAAGAUUCCAUGAUCUAUGUCUGGCACAAGGAGAAUGGUAUUCUUAUCGAGAAGCUUAAAGGGCAUGCAUCUUGUGUAAAUGCAAUUGCAUGGAAUCCAUGCGAUCCGGGGAUGUUCGCUUCGGCAGGUGAUGAUCGUCGUGUUAGGAUAUGGUCAAACUCGGUCCCACCAAGUGAAGCCGUCCCGUCAUCUGACCGACGACCCAUCUCCAGUAACAGCUAUACUCGGAUGAGCGCGAUACGGUCCACCUUCAUGGGCGGCAGCAAUCUCUAG